AAAAAAAGAUUGGGAGCAUUUGAGUUAUAUUCCUCAAAUUUUGCAAGCAAAUGGAAGAUUCAAGAAGGAAAAACCUUGAAAAAUAAAAAUAAAUAAAUAAGUCGGAGGAACAAAGCAAAGCGAAGAGGAGAGCAGAGAGGGUAAUAAAGUAGGCGAAUCCACGAUAAAACGACAGAAAGCGCGACCGGAGCAGAAACCAUGGCCGAUAAAUUGGCUCCAGAAAAGCGCCACAGCUUCGUUCACAAUGGUCAAGAGGUUUUCGAAUGGGACCAGACCCUAGAAGAGGUCAACAUGUAUAUAACUCUUCCUCCGAACGUUCAUUCCAAGCAAUUCUAUUGCCAGAUUCAGUCUAAGCAUGUUGAGCUUGGAAUCAAGGGCAACCCUCCUUACCUCAAUCAUGACCUUGCUAGCCCGGUGAAGACGGAUUCUUCUUUUUGGACCUUAGAGGAUGGAAUAAUGCAUAUAACGCUGCAGAAGAGGGACAAAGGCCAGACAUGGGCUUCUCCCAUAUUGGGUGAGGGUCAGCUCGAUCCUUAUGCUACUGAUCUCGAACAGAAGCGGCUCAUGCUUCAGAGAUUUCAAGAAGAGAACCCGGGUUUUGACUUCUCUCAAGCUCAGUUCACUGGCAACUGCCCUGAUCCAAGGACCUUUAUGGGUGGAAUCCGCACAGAUUGACAAGGUUUGGUAUCUUGCUUUAAAACUUGCAGAAUCCUGACGCAACAUUUAGUAAAUAAGACGAUCUAAUGUGUUUGUGAGGAGUCUAAACCACUCCUCCAAAUAAAAAGAAAAAAAGUGUGGCUUUGAUUGAGUCUUCUAUACUUGGUUUCAUGCAAUCUCUGUAAUAAUUUUAUCAGUAUCUUAUUGGUGUAUUAUUAUUUCGCAUUUCUUAUCAUUGUAGAAUGAGCAAAGUCCAAGUGUUGUGUA